AAACGAACAGAUACACAGACUCGUACGUCGAGGUCACGAGAGCCAGACAAAUAGUUCGCAGUCUCAUCGUACCCCUCGAGGAUCGUCUGUCCUUUCCAACAGGAUCAACGCACCGUGCUCUUACUCUCUCUCUCUUACCUCGACCUUUCAUCUCUCAAUCCGGCAGUCCAGUCGUCUGUGCACCUUCACGAACGAUAAGACAAGUCCUCGCUACAUCAGUUCAGAAAAGGAACCGAUAGAUCAUACACCUCUUUCCCACUCCUUAUAUCCCUUUUCCGACACAUCAGCUCAAUAUGCGUUCCUCCGGAAUCCUUUCUCUCGCCUUGACCACCCUCGUCGGGAUCUCGAUGGUCUCGGCCGCUUCCCCUCACGGUAAAUUCGACCGACGCAACCACAAGGCCAUCAUUGCCGACCGUCAGGCCAAGGAGGCCACCGUGAACGGUAUUCCCGAGGCUGCCAUCAGCAAGAGGACCGGCAAGGUCUCUCGAAAGUACAAGAAGAGGGGAGGCAAGAUCUGUAGGGUCAAGGAUGCUGCCGCCCCUUCCAGCUUGGCCUCGUCGUCCAGCUCGGCUGUCAGCAGUGCUUCCGCGACUGCUUCCUCUACCCAGAGUCAGAGCGAGUCCUGGGCUUCGUCCACCGCGGCUGCCACCCCUACCGUCGUCGCCGCCGUCUUGCAACCGGCCUCGACCACUUGGGCUUCGACCUCCUCGGAUGCCCCUUGGGGAGGAAACUGGCACAACUCCCAGUCGUCUUCCUCGGCUUGGUCGUCUGACACCUGGGCCGCACCCACCUCGACUUCCAGCUCGUCCGCCGCUCCUUCGGCUACCCAGGCUCCUCCUUCCAACUCGGGGUUGCUCUACGCCGACGGACCCUGCGGUGCUAACCAGCCCUCGGCUGAUCACCCUAACGGUGCCCCUUGGUGGCUCAACUGUGGGCUCGACAGCAGCGGUGGUUGGAACCCUCCCUCGAUCAAGGCCAAGGAUCUCAUCUCCAUCACUGACCCUUCGACCCACCCCGAGGUCUUUGGAGGGUGUUUGGAGUACCAGAGCAUCUUUGCUGAUGCUGCCGCCUCGUACAACAUGCCUACGGCCUUGUUGAUGUCGAUCGGUAUGCAAGAGUCUGGAUGCAAGCGCUCGGCCGUCGGUGCCCGUGGAGAACAGGGUAUCAUGCAAGUCGCCGGUAACGCCUGUGACAACCCGAGCGGGGACUGCCAGGAGCCUUGGUACAACAUCCACAAGGGAGCCUCGAUCUUGGUCGACAAGAUGGGAGGUAACCCCGACGGGAACAUCGUCUCGGCUUUGGGUCAAUACAACGGAUGGAUGCCCGGCAUGUACGCUGCCAACGGCGCUCAGUACGGUCCUCAGGGGCAGAAGGUCUCUUACCUUGACGACAUGCUCAACAAGUGGUUGCAAGGAAAGAGCAGCUACUAAAACUCCCGUUUUCUCUACUGUAUCAAGCUCCAACAGGCUGGUUACCCGAAAGAAAGCAGGGUUCCAUACCGAGGCCGAUCUCGUCUCCUUUUCCGCUCGCGACCAUACCUGACCUUUUCCAAGACUCGCCCUCGAUUCCCUUUCCUCUUUACAUAUGCGUCUGAGACGAUACCCUGUUCCGCUCGUUCCCUGAAAUGAAAUGAACCAUUUCCACAAUCGUGUAGA